AGUGGGAAAUGUGGCGGCGGCGGGCGGCUGGACUGGGUCUCCUCUCAGCGCCCGGCCCGGCCCCGGUCCGUGUGUGGGCUCAGUUCUCCGACCGACUCCGAGCCGAGUAGCGUAUGGCGUGCGGGUGCUCGCGACGCGCGCGGUGAACCUCGAGAGCGUAAGACGCGAGGACCUCGUCGAGGAUACAGCAUGGUCAGCGAGGAGCAGGCACCGCUGCUGGAGGGUGGCGGCGCUCGGAGGAAGGGCUCCGGCCACUCGCUGCACGAGGACUCCGAGCACAUCUACGCCAACGACGGCGUACCCCCGGCGUACCUCGAGGAGAGCCACAAGACUGGCAAUGGCUACGGGAGCUUCAACGGGAGCCCCGUCAACGGGAAGGGCGGCGGGGGGCCCGGCAGCGACGACGGCGGGGGCGGGCCGCCGCGGGACACGAUCCUGUCGCCCAUGGGCUGCGAGCGGCUCGUCUACUCGUGGAGCGACGUGAACGUCUUCAGCGGGGACGAGCAGCGCGGCGGGGCGCUGCAGGCCGCCCGUUCGCUGUGGUCGCGGUGCACCGGCCGGCGGGCGGCCGCCCCGCACCGCAAGCACAUCCUCAAGAGCGUGUUCGGCGUGGCGUACCCGGGCGAGCUGCUGGCCAUCAUGGGCGCUAGCGGCGCUGGCAAGACCACGCUGCUCAACACCCUCACCUUCCGCUCGGGCAACGGCGUCUCCGUGACGGGGCGGCGCUGCGUCAAUGGCGUCCGCGUCGGCCGCAACGCCCUGGCCGCGCUCUCGGCCUACGUGCAGCAGGACGACCUCUUCAUCGGCACCCUGACGGUGCGCGAGCACCUCGUGUUCCAGGCGCUCGUGCGCAUGGACCGGCACAUCCCCUACGCCCGGCGCAUGCGCAGGGUGGACGAGGUCAUCUCCGAGCUGGCGCUGUCCAAGUGCGAGAACACCAUGAUCGGCAUCCCAGGCCGAGUAAAGGGCAUCUCGGGGGGAGAGAUGAAGAGGCUGUCCUUCGCGUCCGAG